CUUCUUCUUCUCCGACUCUAGUAAUGUCGUGAUAUGUUCAAUAAGCUUUCUUCAAUGGCGUAUGGUUCCUUUGGUGUCUCAUCGAAAGCUCUAGUCUUCUGCCGACCUUGCUAUGGCUCCAUUAGAGACCUCCCUUUCUCUCUCCGAACGUCUACAAUUGGUCAUUGCGGCUGUGUUGGAGCUAUUGCAGCACCUAGAAAUGUCGUGAAACCGCGCAAGGAAGAAAGUCGUGAUUUUAGUGGAGCACGGAGAAGUAAUAAGGAUAAAUCAAUGCCGUGGAAGAAGUUAGAUGCUGAUGAAUUUGGUAUUCAGAGGUCAAUGAUCCCAGAUUCUACACGGAUGGUUCUCAAUAAACUUAAGAAAAAAGGAUUUCAAGUUUACCUAGUUGGAGGUUGUGUUCGGGAUCUUAUUCUAGAUAGAAUCCCCAAGGAUUUUGAUGUUAUCACUACAGCUGAACUCAAGGAGGUACGGAAAGUAUUUCCCCGCUGUCAAAUUGUUGGAAGACGAUUUCCCAUAUGUCAUGUUUAUGUUGAUGAUAUUAUCAUAGAGGUGUCAAGUUUUAGUACUUCAGCAAGGACUGGUAAAGCGCCCAGUAAAAACUUGAGAAAGCCUGCGGGCUGUGAUGAGCGUGAUUAUAUCCGUUGGAAGAAUUGCUUAGAGCGUGAUUUUACAGUCAACGGGUUGAUGUUUGAUCCAUCAGAGAAUGUAGUGUAUGACUAUAUAGGAGGAGUUGAAGAUUUAAGGAAUUCUAAAGUUAGAACAGUAUCCGCAGCGAAACUUUCAUUUGUCGAGGAUACAGCUCGCAUUUUACGUGCAAUUAGGAUUGCAGCGAGGUUAGGAUUCAGCUUGACUAAAGACGUUGCUAUUUCUGUGAAGGAGCUUUCUUCUUCAUUGCUGAGACUUGACCCUUCAAGGAUUCGGAUGGAAAUUAAUUAUAUGCUGGCAUAUGGGUCUGCAGAAGCUUCUUUACGGUUAUUAUGGAGAUUUGGGCUCAUGGAAAUUCUUCUACCUAUCCAGGCAUCUUAUCUUGUUUCCCAAGGUUUCCGGAGGCGUGAUGGAAGGUCCAACAUGCUUCUGUCCCUAUUUCGCAACCUUGAUCGACUUGUAGCACCUGAUCGACCAUGCAACGAGUUCCUCUGGAUUGGGAUCUUAGCAUUCCACAAAGCAUUGGUCGAUCAGCCUCGGGAUCCCACCGUAGUAGCUUCCUUCUGCCUUGCCAUCUACAGUGAGGUAUCUUUAUCAGAAGCCAUCGCGAUUGCAAGGAGCAACUCCAAACAACACAACUCACACUUCCAAGAGCUUUCUGGUCAUGAAAAAGACACCGCCGACUCAGAGAGCAAAAUAUCGCAGCAGGUCAUAAAAUUAGCAGAGUCAAUAAGAUCAGCUGCGCGAAAAUUGAAUGAUCGAGACUACAUAGCUAACGCAAUGAGCGAAUACCCGCAAGCACCGGGCUCUGAUAUGGUGUUCUUGUCAAGACCUAUGUUGGAGAGAGUGGAGAAAAUGUUUGGAAGUGUGAGAAGAAAGAGAAACCAAGAGGCAGAGGAUGUCCCAAGUUUAGAGCGUAGGAUAAACUACAAAUUGCAUCAAUCCAUGGACGUUGAAGAAAAGAGUGUUUCAUCUGGCUAUGCCAAGCCUCCAUGGAUAUUCAAAGGAAGUGCGUUGUACCAGAUUCAUCUUGUGAAAGCUGCGACUGCUCGGGCAUUCAUCCCCAAGGAGUUUCGACUAGUUGAAGCUUUUGGAUACACUCUUGGCGGGUUUUUCCUUGCUAGCUACGAUGAUAGCCCCGCUGGUGUCUUUGAUGAGCUUGUAGUAAUUGCAGGGAUUGUUUGGAACCCUCCUACAUCAUGCGCAUGGGCCGCGAGGGUACUUGUGAAUAGCGAUGAGGCUUGUCAUCAUGGACGCAAGGAAGUAGGACUCCCAAGCCAAGUUGCAAGAUUUUCAAAAAACAUUACUGCAGUUCCUAAACGGAAAAGGGACAGAGCUUUUGGUUUCCUGGAAUCAUUUGGGUUGGGAACUACUCUGUCUCAUCCGCAGGAUUUGAUGGAGGUUAAGAUUAGUGAAGUUGAUGGUGCUGAUUCUGCAGAUAUCUGCAACAUCCAAAUUAGAUCAGACGAGACCAAAGUUGGAAACUGGAUGGGACCUGCAAUCAAAAUGGCUCUCCCAAGUUUUAGUGGCAAUACAAAGUAUAACUCAAACCUGCUCAAAUACUCAUGCCACCUCCACUGCAGGGUGAGGCCGGUGAGACCUGCCGUAGUCUCAAGGGCUUUGGAUGAUGAGACAGAGAAUUUUUCAGAACAGAAUCACACAUCACAAGAGUCACUUGAAAAUGAAAGGCGGCUAAGCAUAGCCGUGAUGCUAUCGAAACCAAUCAUAGCUCUUCAAUUCAAAUGCUUAACAAUGCAAGUAGAAGCUCCUGUUGUAAUUCACCCUUCAAAGUAAACUCAACACUCAAAAUCCAAGAACAUACAGCUUCCUUCCUACAAGGUUCACAUCUUUACAAAAACAAAUCUUUCCGCUUUUCGCCGAUUAAAUAAGCCAUUCCUAG